UCUAGAUUUGUGUACAACGAUUUCUGUGCAUGAAACUUUUGAAUUAAUAAAGAAAAGAACAUAAUAAAUAUCCAAAAAUGUCUGAGAUGGACAUAUCAGACAAUAGUAAUGAUUACUCUAAUGAUUCUCUUCUCCUAGAUAGAGUGUUCUUACGCUUAGGAAACGCCGACAGUGAUGAUCAACUCGAAAACUGCUUGAAUAAAUUUCUUCCACCAGUUAUACUAAAAUUAUCCUCUCCUCAUGAACAGAUUAGAACCAAGGUUAUGGAGCUGUUAGUGCAUGUGAACAAGAGAGUGAAGUGCAGGUCCGAUGUCCAGCUGCCCGUGGAUACACUGCUACAGCUAUACAAGGACCCGGCAGCCAACAGUUUUAUUAUCAACUUCACAAUAAUAUACAUCACAAUGGGUUUCCCUCGUCUUCCCCGCGACCGUCAGCUGGCGCUGGCUCCUUCACUGUUGGAGGCCAUUGAGAACAAACCUCAGGGACAUCAAGAUGGGAUAUUGAUGUUAGUGAUGCCGCUGCUCAGAGAGAUUAAAGGAGAUUCUCUAAGCUUGAAAGCCAAGCCCAAACUGUCGGCCAUGAUAUUGAAGUUCGCAACUGAUGUGCUUCUACUGCCUUAUAGAGCAUUACCAAGUUCGGGAGAUAGUGAUUUCCAAGUGCCCCCUGGUAUGAGUCUCAAGUCCUACAAGAGGAUAGUGGACAAGAACCAGAUUAAUGCAAAUCAAUUGGAAGAGAUAAAGCUAUCCAUCGUGAACUUCAUAAGCAACGACAUCUUCACCGCGGGCGACACUUUACUGCCGCUGGUCGUAGCGGCUGCAGACUCGAGGUUCAGCGUCGCCAAUCACGCCAACAGCCCGCUUAUUAGAGUUAACAGUUCAGUAGACUGGUCGCAGCCGGCCGUUGUGUCGCCGCUGUACGCGCUCUACCUCGGCACGUGGGGCGGCAUGAAGGUGCAACCUGAUGAUCGUAAGGUGCCAGCGUGCACGAGACUUCGGCUGAAGCUGAUACAGUACUUGAACAAAGCGACCGGCCCCGCUAUAAUGUUCCCGCACUGUGUACAAGUGGUAUUCUCGUCGCUGUUUGAUCCGAACACGAACUCGCGGCUCCGCAACAUGUCGCUCAUGUUCCUGCUCAAUGUCAUCAACAACGGCGUGGAAGCAUCACUGCGGAAAGUGGCUGCGGUGUUCCUGCAGGGCUUACUGAAGGUCAUCAGGUCGGAGGAGCACGCGGAACACCAGCCCAAGGCGUACAUGUGUUUAGGAAGGCUGGCGAUGAAGUGUCCUGAAUCCUUCAAGGGCCAGUUCGCAUUACUGGAAGAACUGGUGAAGAAAAUACCAGAAGCGGUGCCCGAGAUGAGAACGGCGCUGCGAGACGCCCUGCUAGAGAUGGCUGUGGCUUACAAGAUAUCUGCUAGCACGGAUAAUGCUAUAAGCGAGUCGGGGUCAUCUCAGGCUAUGGAGGUGGACGAGAGCUCUGAAUGUAAGAAGAUGAAGACAAGCCCCUUCGACGAGCCGCAGGCGCUAGCGUUAUUCGCGCUGCUCGACCACUACAUGCACAGCGAGGAGUCUAUGAUACGCUACGUGGCGACGCGGUACGCCGCCGCCGUGUUCCCGCCUGGCUACGUGCCCGCUCGAUACCUGCUGCUGCUGGCCAGCGGAGACAGCCAAGACGACAUUUCAUCUGAAGCAUUAAAAUGUUUGUACGGUACGUCACGACCAAAUGAGAUUGAGGACGCAGUCAACAACGUCAGUCCGAAAGAGACGACAACAAUCAUAGAAGACGAUAACAAUAAGAGAGACAAGGACGAAAAAGAUACUCUCACCGUGCCACAAUUCAAGGAGAUGAUAAACUACAUUUGGGAACAGAUGCAGAAACGGAAGAAAGGCUCCAACGCCAAACAUAGAUUCGUUAUCAGCAACCAAGUGUUGCAGUUCCAUCCACAGACUUAUCAAGAGAUGCUUCGCUAUCUACGUAUGUGUCUCAACCGGGACGCGAAUCUCAAGGACUGUUCCGACCAUCCCAAUGCAACCUCACCCUUACUAGCGAAAUACCUGCGGGAGAGCUUGCUAGAGACCGAGGCGUUGGACAGAUAUAUGACGAUGAUUACGACACUGUUGAGUGCCAGUCCAGGUGUGAUGCCGCUAACGUGUUUCCUGGACAUAAUCGGCUGCGUACCCGACAAGAUGGCCGCCAAGUAUACGUCCCUACUGCCGUUCCUACGCAACCUCUUUACGACUUCCACCAAGGAGGACAUUCGAGACAUCGCAGCGACAGUGUACGCGAUACUCACCGUACAUACGAGCGAUAAGAAUUCGAUAGAUCGCGAGAUUACCGAGUUCGUGGUACAGGGACGAAGUAAUAAGAAUUUGGAGAGCCAAUGCGGAUAUAUAUCUGCGUUUGCGCAUCUCUGUGAGAGGUGUAUCGUGUUAGCAAAGCAGGGGAAGUUUGGUAAAUUCGAAGCGAAUGAUUGGCAGCCGUAUAGAGAUGGUGUGCUAUGUUUAGCGAAUUUCCUGUCCAACUCUCAAACGUUACUAGUCAACACGUCGUGCUCGGCAAUAUCAUUGCUAGUUCGAUGCCACGCUUUACCUCUACCUGACGUAUCAUCCAAGCAGAAAUCACUCCUAGACCAGGAGAAUCCCUUUGAUAUCAACAAACAAGAGAACUUAGAGGACGAAAUCACCAAGUUCGGAGUCGCAGACAAACUGUUCAGGAUAGUUAGCAACGCUAAACUGCCGUCUAAGCUGAAGGAGAGAGCGUUGUAUACGCUGGGAUUGAUGUGCUGCGGAGAAAGGUUGAGUUUCGCGAAGCAGAUUGUUAAAGGCUUCUUGCAGAUGGCCAAAAAUAGCAAAGAGUUUGAGAUUCACUUGCAAAUCGGCGAAUCUUUAGUUCUGUGUGUUGAAGGCGUCAAUUCCAAUGAAAACAGAGAUUUGUGGACAGAGUUACCGUUAGAGGAUAAGGCCAAAGUGAAAGACGCAGAGGCGUUGAAGGAAAACGACGAAUUGCUACAGUGGCUGCUGGAGCAGUUAUUGCAGAUCGGCAAACAUCCCCAUCCACACUCUAGACAGGCAACAAGUAUAUGGCUGCUUGCGUUGCUUAAAAACUGCCCCGAAAGAGAACCGAUUAAGAAGUCUUUACAGCUGUUGCAAGAUACCUUUAUGGACUACCUAUCUGAAAAUAGUGAUAUAGUCCAAGACGUAGCUAGCAAAGGCCUAAGUUUAGUGUACCAAAACUCCGCCGCUAGCUCGAAACAAGCGCUAGUAGAUCAGAUCAUAGAACAGCUGACCAGUGGUAAACGAUCUGUAGCCAAAGUGACUGAGGAUACGAAGAUAUUCGAAGAGGGACAGCUGGGGACAGCACCAACUGGGGGCAACUUAUCUACUUAUAAAGAACUAUGUUCGUUAGCAUCAGAUCUGAACCAGCCAGACCUGCUAUAUAAAUUCAUGCAUUUGGCGCAUCACAACUCAGUUUGGAAUUCAAAGAGAGGUGCGGCAUUCGGUUUCCAAUCCAUAGCCUCGCAGGCGGGGGCGUCGCUGACCGCUCAGUUACCCGCUAUAGUGCCUCGCCUCUAUCGCUACCGGUUCGAUCCCACGCCGCGCAUACACAACUCUAUGACUGCGAUAUGGCACGCGCUAGUGCCUAAUACGCAGCAGACGGUCCACAAAUAUCACAAGGAGAUCCUGAACGAUUUGGUCGCGAACCUGACAGCCAACCAGUGGCGCGUGCGCAUGUCGUGUUGUAAUGCGCUAGCUGAUCUCCUGAAGGGAGCGAAGAGUCUACACGACUCGUUACCGCAGCUGGCGACGAUGUGGGCGGAGCUGUUCCGUGUGAUGGACGACGUGCACGAGGGAACGCGACUCGCCGCCACCAACACCGCGCAUGUGCUCGCCAAGCUCUGCGUCCAAGCGUGUGAUACAAAUUCAGGGAAGGACGGCAAAGAGAUCAUAGAGGCCAUUAUGCCUGUUUUACUAGACAACGGCAUUACCAACGUCGUUAAAGAAGUGCGAAGUGUAAGUUUAUGGACGGUAUCACGUAUCGUAUCCGUCGGCGGUGCGGCGCGGGCGGCGGCGCGGCUUGUACCAGCAUUACUCGGCGCGGCGGGCGAGCUGGAGCCAGCAAGACUAGCCCGGCUGAGUACAGCGCUGGCGCCGUCAGCUGACGUGCGAGCUGCCGUUGAUGACUUGAGAGCUGGGGUUGUGAAACAUCACCAUACUACUGAUACCGUCGUCAAGUGCAUGCCGUAUAUAGACAUCGAAGCGAUGAAAGAAAUGUUGCCAACAAUUCUGGAUCUCAUCAAAUCACCUCAGCUAGGCACUAAGGUCGCCUGCGCGCAUUUCCUAGUGCUAGCUGCUCAUUACCUAAAAACAGACCUAGUAUCUAUAGCGGGGAGGAUUUUACCUGUAUUACUGAACAGCGUCUUUGAUAGAAACGCCACGGUGCGGAAAAACUAUGCAGAGGCUCUGGGACAAAUUACUGCUUAUGCUAAGCCGCUAACAGCCACGAAACUAAUGGACAAGUUAAGGACACUAUACGAAACCAAGGAAGACGACGCGUCCCGGUCCGCUAUAGCGCUCACACUGAAAGCGGUCGCUAAGGCCAAGAUAGAAAUUAUCAAAGACAAUGAGGCUAUACUAGCGCCUGUCGUGUUUCUGGCCAUGCACGCGCCUAAAGACGACGAAGCUGAGGCGGCCACAGUGGAGAUGUUUGAGGAGCUGUGGACGGACAUCAGCCCGGCGCGCGAGACAGGCGUGCAGCAGCACCUGACAGCCAUCCAACAGUACAUUGAGACAGCACUUGCAUCCAACAGCUGGACUAAGAAGAUACAGGCAGCGAACGCGGUGCGUACCGUGUGCUCGGCGGGCGCGGGCACGGCGCGGGACGGGCUCGCGCGCGCGUGUCUUGCUGCGGCGCACGGACGCACUUACGACGGCAAGCGGCACGUGCUGGCCGCGCUAGCAGCGCUGUGCACGGUGAAGCCCGGCGAGACGCCAAUAUCUCCGGCACUAGGAGAAGACAUCGUCAACUGCCUGUUAACUGAGGCCCGCAAAGGCGACCCGCAAUACAGGCAGCACGCGGUCGCGGCGCUCGGCGACACACUCGCUGCACUCAACCUGGACCGCUUCGACCGCGUGUACGAUAUCGUGAAGGAUAUACUGUCCAAGGACGAGAACGACAAAGAUUCAGAUGAAGAGGACAACGACAGCGCGCGGAAGCGGCGGACGCAGCGCGCGGCGCUGCGGGAGGCCGCGUACGAGCUGCUCGGGAAGGCGUGGCCAGCCAACCGCGAUACACAGGAGAAGUACCAAGACACGCUAUUCUCUCACUGCCGCACCGCGCUACCGAACAGCUCGCGGCCGCUGCAGCUCGCUAUACUGUGCGCGGCGGAGCGCGUGCUGCCGCGGCUGGCGACGCUCGCCACGCCCAUGGAGGCGGAGCCACCCGUGCCGGCCCCGCCCCUUGCGCCGCUGGUCGACCACGUCGCCGCUAUAGUGGACUACACGCUGCUUAACAGUAAUCAAGUGAGACACAGGAAAGUAGCGCUCAAUCUACUGGAAAUACUUGCCAAAUCUCUGAUAGAAAUGAACAAACUGCAAGACUACAACCAACUGCGCGACAUUUACCAGAAGUACUCCCAAGACCUCUCGAAGGACUCAUCUCAUGAACUCAGGGUGAAGAUAGAAAGCGUCAAAGAGUAUUUUAAAUGAACUGUAACCAUUUUGUAGCAUAUUUAUUAAUAUAGACUUGUAACUAA